CUGCCGCUGCUGCAGCGGGGCCGGGGAGGAGGGUGGGUCUCCGGAGCGGAGUGCCUAGUCUUCCUCCACCGCCCAGGCCGCUCCCGCGCGGAGCUCCGAGCGCAGCUCCCAGCAUUGCUGAGGGGCAGCCGAGGCCCGGAGCCCGCGGGGCGGCUCGCGUUACAGAUUCUUCUUAAUCCUCUGGUGAAAACUCUGGGAAACAGGAUGGCUGCAAAUAAGCCCAAGGGUCAGAAUUCUUUGGCAUUGCACAAAGUCAUCAUGGUGGGCAGUGGUGGUGUGGGCAAGUCUGCCUUAACUCUGCAGUUCAUGUAUGAUGAGUUUGUAGAGGACUAUGAACCUACCAAAGCAGACAGCUACAGGAAGAAGGUAGUGCUGGAUGGAGAAGAGGUGCAGAUCGACAUCUUAGAUACUGCUGGGCAGGAGGACUACGCUGCCAUUAGAGACAACUACUUCCGAAGUGGGGAGGGGUUCCUCUGCGUCUUUUCUAUCACAGAAAUGGAAUCCUUUGCAGCCACAGCUGACUUCAGGGAGCAGAUUUUAAGAGUAAAAGAAGAUGAGAAUGUCCCAUUUCUACUGGUUGGCAACAAAUCAGAUUUAGAAGAUAAAAGGCAGGUUUCUGUAGAAGAGGCAAAAAACAGAGCUGACCAGUGGAAUGUUAACUAUGUGGAGACAUCUGCUAAAACGCGAGCAAAUGUUGACAAGGUAUUUUUUGAUUUAAUGAGAGAAAUUCGAGCCAGAAAGAUGGAAGACAGCAAAGAAAAGAAUGGAAAAAAAAAGAGGAAAAGCUUAGCCAAGAGAAUCAGAGAAAGAUGCUGCAUUUUAUAAUCAAAGCCCAAACUCCUUUCUUAUCCUGACCAUACUAAUAAACAUAAUUUAUAAGCAUUGCCAUUGAACGCUCAAUUGACUGAAAUUACUUUAACAUUUUGGAAAUUGUUAUGUAUCACUAAAAGCAUGAAUUGGAACUGCACUGAAAGUCAAAUUCACUUAAAAAAGAAAUUAAUGUGGCUUCACCAAGAAGCAGAGUUCGACUUAUUUCCUAAUUGCCUACAUUUAUCACAGUCCUGAAUGUAGCGUGUGAGCUUGUUUUUCUUGAACUGUUAAGAGGUGAAAUGGGGUGGGGGGAACGGGAGGAAAGGCUACUUCCUCUGGUGUUUAUUAUAAAGCUUAAAUUUUAUAUCAUUUUAAAAUGUCUUGGUCUUCUACUGCCUUGAAAAAAUAACAAUUGUGAACAUGAUAGUUACUGUACCACUUUUUAAACUAUUGUUAUGCAAAUAUAGAAGAGGUUACUGGCAUGGUUGUUGCAUAUAGUAAAACUGAGAGUAAUUCCUCUGUGAAUCUGCAUUAAUUACCUGGUAAUUACUUAGAAAAAUGGUGUGAACUUAUACAUGGACAUUUUUGAAUAUGCCUUAAUUUAGAAGCUGAAAAAUAGUCCAGUUACAUCAUUCUGGGUGUGUUCUCACCAGCACCUUGGGCCACUCACUGCCCAUGUAACCUGGUGAGAAAAGAUUUAUCUUGCCUAGGUGGCGAUAGCUUCUGUAUAGAAGAUUCUGGAGAAAUUUCUGUCUGCUAGGAGUCUGUCCAAAUUUAAAAAAAAAAAAAAAUGUGUGCCAUACUCUGGUUCUGAAAGUUCCAGAGCUCCUUCAUUGAUUUUAAUGAACUGUAAGGCAGUUAAAAAUUAAGGGCCAGCUUAUGCUUGUAAGAUAAUUUUAGAUUGUGAUGGUUUAGUAGCAGUUAUGUUUGAGUGAAUGCUCUUUUCCUGUGGGUUGCUGGUCCUUGUUAAUCACUUUCUGCAAGUGAUAAGCAUACAAGUGUUAAUCUUUCAAUCCCUCGGAGCAGAGCAUAGGAAAGGCUGUCAAGAGUACUAAUGCAGCUUGCACUAGAACACUUGGGGAAAGAUGCCUGCCCCUGUCAUUUCUAAACUUGUACUCAUGGGAGUACAGUUGGCUUCAUGGGAAUUGCAAGGAGUCUUUGUGGUCUCUCCAUGUUCAUAAUGAAGAAUGUUGUACUGACAUUUUUCUCAAGUUAACAUGAAGCAGUCAAACUUGGUUGGCACAUACUGACCAAAUAUGAGGCUGUGAUGUUCCUACUGAAAGAACUCUAGCAUGCUGUUUGGAACAUAAUUUCAAUGGGAAGUAAACCACUAUCAGAUUUUUCUUUUCCUCUGUGGGGUUAAGACGGUUGAGUCAACAUUUUUUCCUUUUGUGCAGUCUUAUUUUCAAAAGGUCGAAAUGAUGUUCAGGCAUUCCAGGUAACAAGUAUAUAUGUAAAGUUACCAAAAAAUAAGCUUUUUAGGACCUCUACUCUCUAGAUAUUACAUCCAGCUUGUCAUAAAUAUUUGUCCUUAAAGGGUUUGAUUUCAUGUUUUCACAGGUUAUGCCAUGUGCAGAAUUAGAGUUCCCAGUGUAACCCCACCAGCAGGCCCAGCUAUCUCUGCGUGUACUCACUGCAGUCUUAUUGAACCAGGGUCCUAACCACUAACAUUGUGACUCUGCUUUGAGACUUUUCCUCUCCUGGGUACUGAGGUGCUAUGAAGCCAGCUGACAAAGACGCAUCCCAUGUCUUAGGCUGAUGCCGCUACCCGGUUCAUUUAUUUGCAAUUUGAGCCAUUUAAAGACCAAUAAACUUCCUUUUUUAAAAUGUU